AGCCACCAUUUUCUUCCACCGACGCUUAAACUUUAAUCAGCACUUUUUGUUUUCCUAUCUUUCCAACUAAAAUUUGACUUCGAGGUAUCAAAGGAAGACAAUGAAAGUAAAGCUAGAAGUGACCGGAAGAGAAGUGAUCAAGCCUUCUUCACCUUCACCUCAUGAACGCCUCCAACUUUCUUUGUUGGAUCUCAGCUGUCCAGCCAUUUACGUGGCAACAACCUUUUUCUACAAAUCCAUCACCGGAGAAAAAGAGUCGCCAGAGAACAUAUCCCAAAGGCUGAAAACCUCUCUGUCCGAGACUCUGUCACGUUUCUAUCCUCUAGCUGGACGACAAGAAGGCGUCUCCAUACGCUGCAACGACGAAGGAGUCAUCUUCACUGAGGCACGAACCAAUCUCCUUCUCUCAGAUUUCUUGAGAAACCUCAGUACAGACUCUCUUGCAGCAUUCCUCCCCGAGAACGAGGAAGGAGAAUCUGCUGGGACGUGGCCGUUGCUGAGAGUCAAGGUUAGUUUCUUCGGGUCAGGAUCAGGAGUUGCGGUCACUGUUGGUAUCUCUCACCAGAUCUGCGACGCGUCCUCGUUGUUGACCUUCGUACAAAGCUGGGCGGGUACAACAAAAGGGACUACUACAACAUGUACACCUCACUUCGCAGGAGCCACGAUAUAUCCUCCUCCAGAUAAAUCCUUCAAGUCUCCCUGUAUUGAUGAUCUUUACGAGCUUCAAGGAAAGUGUGUAACCAAUAGACUCGUCUUCAAAGCCUCGAAGAUCGCUGAGCUUAAACGCAAGGCCGUUAGCGAAAGCGUGGUACUACCUUCACGUGUGGAAGCCAUCAUGUCACUUAUUUGGAGAUGUGCUGUAAAGGCCGCACGGUCUAACUCGGUCUCUCCAAAGUCAACGGUGAUGACUCAAGCGAUGGACUUGAGGCUUAGGAUCCCCUCUAACGUUUUGCCACAAGACUCCAUGGGGAAUUUACAAACUUGUUUCUUUCUCAAGAGAGGGGUAGAGAGUGAGUUAGAGAUCAAGCAACUGGUGGUUGACUUUAGAAAGGCUAAAGAAGAAAUCAACCAUAUGAUAAAAGAAAAUCUCCAAGGGUGUGAUAAUGAUACUGCUAACAUCACCACCACCACACUUAGUCAGAACCUGUUGAGUGUGAUGGGAAGUUUCAUGUCGGAGUGCUUCAAACCGGACAUAGACUUAUACACAAUGUCUAGCUGGUGUAAGAAGCCUUUCUACGAGGUUGAUUUCGGAUGGGGUAAUCCAGUAUGGAUGGGACCUGCUUCACAUACCAUCUACGAUAACGUGGUGUUCGUGGUUCUGAUGGAUUCAAAGGAUGGUCAAGAUGUAGAAGCUUGGGUUGGGUUACCAGAACAAGACAUGCCCGUUUUUCUCUGUGAGCAGGACUUGCUUGCCUAUGCUGUCCUAAAUCCUCCGGUGUUGAUCUAAAGCAAGAAUCCAACCCAGUAAGUAAACAUCUCAGUGUAUGGAGGAAAGUUGUCAUUGAUAUCUAAAAAAAGUUAUAUGUCUGAUAUAAUAGAUUGUUGCGAUUUUGCAUUUCUGUGAUAUGGUCUGUGUUUUAUGUUGGUUUAUUUGGUGCGUUUAUAAACUCUAUUAUUGUGUGGUUUAUUUAGCGUGUGUGUUGCCACUUUGCUUUCGCCAACUAUCAAUAACGCUUUAGUAAUCAUAGUUUACCAUUACUAAAGUGCUUAAAAUAGCAAAUUUACCCACCCUUACACAUAAAAAUUACAUUGAUAUUGUGAAACUUGUCAUUUUUUUCCACACUUUCUGCUAGAAUGACAUGUUACAUAAUAGGAGAUCUGCUUCUAGAGUAUGAGUUUUGAUGUCUGUAUGUUACAUUUU